AUGUCGGAGCCAACUUCCGAUGAUAAUUCCACUACCAACCAUGAGAAUACUCCUGCCUCCGGCAGUGCCUCCUCUGCCUCUAGCCACUCGGACUGUAGGUCCUCCACCUCCAGCGGCUCCGGCGAGCUUCCGUCCGACCCAGACGAAUGUCGUCACCUUGGCCAUAUCGAAGCUAUUCCCUUCGGUCACAACUGCAAUGUUCGAAUCAUCCGCCGCGCCCGCGUAGCCUAUGACGAAGAUAACUGGUUCGUUAUGAACUGGAACUUUUACGGCCCCAAAGUCGACAUUUGCUACAGAAUCCCAGGUCCCAAGAACACAUGGAUCGCCAGGAUCAGCAGCCGCGCAAACGAGGAAGAGCUCCUACGCAUUGUCGGGCAUCACUCUUCCCAAGAGCAGAAGAGAUGGGAUCGAGUUCACUACAUCACAUCUGAGAGUCACAUGGGAGAAGACGCCGUGUCGUUCAUCAUCGAGUGUGUCAAGAGGACGGCUACAGGACGGCUCUUUCAUAAAGCUACCGGGCCCGAGAAGAUCCCUGCGCUUCAACAAAGGAUGGGAUUUCAAGUUAUCGAGGUUUAA